AUGGCUCCUGCAAAGAAGGGUGGCGAGAAGAAGAAGUGCCAUUCUGCCAUCAACAAGGUGGUGACUCAAGAAAACACCAUCAACAUUCACAAGCACAUCCAUGGUUUGCCCCUAGGGCACUCAAAGUUCAUCCAGAAGCAUGCCCCUAGGGCUCUCAAAGAAAUCUGGAAAUUUGCCAUGAAGGAGAUGGGGACUCCAGAUGUGCAGAUUGAUACCAGGCUCAACAAAGCCCUAUGGGCCAAAGGAAUAAGGAGUGUUCCAUACCGUAUCCGGGUACGUUUGUCCAGAAAAUGUAAUGAGGAUGAGGACUCACCAAACAAGCUCUAA